AUGAAGUCGCUGAAGUUGUACAAAGCAUUAAAAGUGGCAAGGCUGCUGGUGUCAAUGAAAUUCGCCCUGAAAUGCAACGGCUACGGGGAAGACACCAGCGGACUGAAGAGCAAAGGAUGUAACACACCUUUAGAGAAGGGAGACCAUAUGGAGCGUUUCAUAUUGUCGGAAACCUCUUGGAAAAGUGUACGCGUACGGAAUGUGGUAGAAAGGACGCAUCGUGGAAUAGUCGAAAAGAUACUAGACGAAUAA